AAGGAUCAUCAAGCUCUUAGAAGACGGAGAGCUGAACGGUUCUUGAGAGUUGAGGCUUUCCACUGUCAAGGGUUCUUAAAUCUUCUCCAUUUUUGUGCUUGGGUUUUCUGGUUUCAGCUCAGUAGUCUCAUUAACGAUGUUCAUUGAGAGCUUCAAGGUUGAGAGCCCUAAUGUUAAAUACUCAGAGAAUGAGAUUCAAUCUGUGUACAGUUAUGAGACCACUGAGCUUGUUCAUGAAAACAGAAACGGUUCUUACCAAUGGAUCGUCAAGCCUAAGACUGUUCAAUAUGAGCUCAAGACUGAUACUCGUGUUCCUAAGCUAGGGGUUUUGCUUGUGGGUUGGGGAGGAAACAAUGGUUCAACCCUUACUGGCGGUGUCAUUGCUAAUCGGGAAGGAAUUUCUUGGGCUACCAAAGAUAAAGUACAGCAAGCCAAUUAUUUUGGGUCGCUCACCCAGGCAUCAACCAUUCGAGUUGGAUCGUUUAAUGGGGAAGAGAUUUAUGCUCCUUUCAAGAGCUUACUCCCCAUGGUGAACCCUGAUGAUGUUGUUUUUGGGGGUUGGGAUAUAAGCGACAUGAACUUGGCGGAUGCCAUGGCCAGGGCUAAGGUCUUUGACAUCGAUUUGCAGAGUCAGUUAAGGCCUUACAUGGAAUCCAUGGUUCCACUUCCUGGAAUUUACGACCCUGAUUUCAUAGCUGCCAAUCAAGGCUCUCGUGCAAACAACGUCCUUAAGGGUACCAAGAAAGAGCAGGUUCAACAAAUUAUGAAGGAUAUAAGGGAUUUCAAGGAAGCUACUAAGGUAGACAAGGUGGUUGUUCUUUGGACGGCCAACACGGAGAGAUACAGCAAUGUAGUUGUGGGUCUUAAUGAUACCAUGGAGAACCUGCUAGCUUCUCUGGACAGGGACGAGUCUGAAAUAUCUCCAUCGACCUUGUACGCAAUUGCCUGUGUACUUGAGAACAUCCCUUUCAUCAAUGGAAGCCCACAGAACACCUUUGUUCCAGGGCUGAUUGACUUGGCUAUUAGGAGGAACAGUUUAAUCGGUGGAGACGACUUCAAGAGUGGUCAGACCAAGAUGAAAUCUGUGUUGAUUGAUUUCCUUGUUGGGGCUGGAAUUAAGCCGACAUCAAUAGUGAGUUACAACCAUCUGGGAAACAACGAUGGCAUGAAUCUCUCGGCACCUCAAACCUUCAGAUCGAAGGAGAUCUCAAAGAGCAAUGUAGUGGACGACAUGGUUUCCAGUAAUGGCAUUCUCUACGAGCCAGGCGAGCACCCGGAUCACGUCAUCGUGAUCAAGUAUGUGCCAUACGUGGGAGACAGCAAGAGAGCUAUGGAUGAGUACACAUCGGAGAUAUUCAUGGGAGGGAAGAGCACCAUCGUCCUCCACAACACGUGUGAGGAUUCCUUGUUGGCUGCUCCCAUUAUUUUGGACUUGGUCCUCCUGGCCGAGCUCAGUACUCGGAUCGAAUUCAAAGCUGAGGGAGAGGGCAAGUUCCACUCAUUCCACCCUGUGGCCACCAUUCUGAGCUACCUCACAAAGGCUCCACUGGUCCCGCCUGGUACUCCAGUGGUGAAUGCUCUGUCGAAGCAGAGAGCAAUGCUUGAGAACAUUUUAAGGGCCUGUGUUGGAUUGGCUCCGGAGAAUAAUAUGAUUUUGGAAUAUAAAUGAAAAAGGAGAGAAGGCCAGUGAAGACCAGCCAGAUUAAAAGGCCCCCUGUUUUGUAUUUGGUUUCCUUCAUCUUCUUCUUCAUGUUAUCGUCCUUUCUGUUAAGGUUACUCAGCCACCUUUCUGUAAGUGCCAUUUCCAGUGAAGGAAGAAAGGAGAAGAAAUUGAAGGUGGUCUGUUUAGGUGUUGUGCAGGUUUUUCUUUUCAGUUUGACAGUGAAUCAGUGAUUAAUAACUCUACGGUUGUGGCUUUGGGGCCUUUCAAUUCUGGCUUUCUGCCUCUGGAUUUUGGAGAUAAUUGUAAUAGUGAAUCAUCUGUGAUGAAAAGUGAAAUUGGGAAUAUAUUAUAAUACUAGUUAGUGUUGAUUAA